UUGUGGUUGGAUCGCUCAUCAAAGGCAGCCGGGGAGCGAGCGGAGGGGGGACGAUGCCGAGCUGCUUUCUGUGGAGAGCUGUCAGGUGAUGUCGGCUUCCUGCCGCCGGCCGCUGCCUGCUCAGCGCUUUUUUACGGCCGGAGCCUGCUGGAGCAGAACCGAGGCGGCCCUCUCAGCCGGGCCGGGCCGAGGGCGGAGCGAGGCGGCCAGCGGGGCCGCCCCGGAGGUGCUGCGGAGCCGGGCCGGCCGCCGGCGAGCUCAAUGACACCCAGAAAGAAGUUGCAGGGUCUUGUAGCUGCUACAAUCACUCCAAUGACUCCUGAUGGACAAAUUAACCUUUCGGUGAUUCAUCAAUAUGUGGAUUAUCUGGUAAGCGAGCAGAACGUGAAGAAUGUUUUUGUGAAUGGCACAACAGGAGAAGGACUGUCCCUUAAUAUCCGGGAGAGGAAGCAGUUGGCAGAAGAAUGGGUGCGCCAAGGAAAAGACAAAUUGGAUCAGGUGAUCGUUCACGUGGGAGCACUGAGUCUGCCAGAUUCCCAAGAGCUGGCGAGACACGCAGCAGCCAUAGGUGCUAGUGCUAUUGCUGUAAUAGCUCCCUUCUUCUUCAAACCCACAAACAAAGAUGAGCUGAUUGCUUUCUUACAGAAGGUUGCGUCUGAAGCCCCUGCGGUUCCAUUUUAUUACUAUCACAUUCCUCCUCUGACGGGUGUGAAAAUUCGUGUUGAAGAGCUGCUGGAUGGAAUAAAAGAGUGGAUCCCCACCUUCCAGGGCGUGAAGUUCAGCGACACGGACCUCUUGGACCUUGCACAGUGUAUAAACAAGAAUGAAAGAGAACAGUUUGCAUUUCUUUAUGGGGUGGAUGAGCACAUACAACUAUUUGGGCCGAAAAACCACUCUGAUGUUGCAAGCCUUUGCAAAGCCAGACCUUGCGUUAGCACGGAAGUACCAGUUUCUCACUGGGGAAUUUCUCAACUUUGUCAUCAAACUAGGUUUUGGUGUUGCACAGACUAAAGCAGUAAUGACUUUUGUUUCUGGCAUUCCCAUGGGACCUCCGCGGCUUCCGCUUGUUGAUGCCUCCGAGGACUUCAUUGUCAAGGCCAAAGCCAAGCUGGAUAGCAUCGUGUGGCCUGAUGGUGACUGAUGUUCACUUCCGUGUCGAUCUGGAAGUACAGGCUCCUUUUCUGGGAUUCGCUGUCACGUGGCGCAUUCCGAUGUCGUGAUGGGCUGCGGUUUCUUUCAGGGAGUUGUCACUGUGCCCAAGCCCCUUCCUGUUAGGGCUGGCCUCGUUGGCACACAUGUAGUUGCCUUUUUAUGUAACUUUGCUCCCCUGGAGCGCUGCACAUCCCAGGACUAGCUGGUAUCUUUUAAUAAAAAAAAAAAAAUCAAAUUAUCCCCA